AUGCCUAAAUCCAAGCGACAAAUAAGUCCCGGGGUUUGGAUCCUUGACUUUGAACAGGAUAUGGUUGGAUGGGUUGGGAUCAAAGUCCCUAAGAAUCAGAAGUCAAUGCGAAUACAGUUAAGACACGCCGAAGCACUCAAUCCUAACGGCACUAUAUAUACACUAAAUUAUCGGAGGGCCCGGUCUAUAGACACAUAUGUUAUUGAAGACUCAGGUUCCUUAGGCAUAACCGUUGAGCCCCACUUCACAUACCAUGGCUUUCGGUACAUAGAGGUGACCGGCUUUCCCGGUGAACCCCAGUUGACUGACUUUGUGGGUCGUGUCGCCCAUACGGACACUCCUAUGACAGGAAAGUUUGAGUCCGACAACAAACUACUGAACCGUUUGUGGCUAAACGUGUUGUGGAGUCAAACGGGAAACAUAUGGUCCAUACCUCACGACUGUCCCCAAAGGGAUGAGCGGCUGGGAUGGACGGGUGACUCCGGGAUCUUCGUUCAGACGGCCAGUUAUAACGCCGAUGUUUCGGGUAUUUAUAGCAAAUGGCUCCGAGAUCUGAGGGAAGCCCGUCGUAAUGGCGGCCACUUCUCAAACGUGGCGCCCAGACUGGUAUCACCAGACGAUGGGGCACCGGCAUGGGGUGAUGCGGGCAUUAUAGUCCCCUAUUAUAUAUGGCAUAUGUUUGGAGACAAACAGAUACUUGAAGUCAGUUAUGAAUCAAUGAAGACAUGGAUUGAAUUUAUACAAAAAGCUAAUCCUAACUACUUGUGGACCAAAAGUGUUUUCAGCGAUUGGGGCGAUUGGUUGCAAAUCAACGCACAGACACCCAAAGAUGUGUUCGACACCUCAUACUUCGGUUACGACGCCCUCCUUAUGACCCAAAUGGCCGGUGCUCUCAACCUCACGGAUGACAUGAAGUUUUACAGUGAAUUGCAUACAAAUAUCUCCAAUGCCUUCACAAAAGCAUUUGUCAACACAACUGAUGGUAAGAUCAAAGGCGACACUCAAGCCGUGUAUGUAUUGGCCCUCACUUUUGAAUUACUGCCACAAAACCUGAGACCACUUGCGGUCAACCAUUUGGUCGACAAUAUUAAGGCCCACGACUACCACUACACCACUGGAUAUAUUAGUGUCAAUUUUGUGAAUGAAGUGCUCGUCAAAUAUGGGCACCGGGAUGUGGCGUAUAAAUGCUUAUUACAGGAGUCAUUCCCUUCGUGGGGGUAUGAAAUAGCACAUAACGCCACCGGAAUGUGGGAGCACUGGGACUCAUGGACUGAGGACAAGGGGUUUAUGGACCCCGGGAUGAACUCAUUCAAUCACUACAGUCUGGGAACUAUCGGCAGAUUUAUAUACCAAUACGUGGCCGGUAUUGACACCGACGACCAAAUGGUGGGC